AUGCGACUUAUAGUUCUAUCUUUGUUAUUUACCUCCACACUUGCGUGGUUCUAUGGCCGAGACGAGCCGGAUCGUUGGAGUGUCGGAGGGGUAUGGCCUCUCCCACAGAAAAUUAUCUACGGCUCCAAGAACCGUACGCUUACUUAUGAUAAAAUCGGAAUCGAUCUUGGAGACAAGAAGGAUUGCGAUGUUCUCCUGGCAAUGGCGGACAAUUAUAUGAACAAAUGGUUGUUUCCAUACCCAGUUGAGAUGAAAACCGGUGGAACUGAAGAUUUCAUUAUCACAGUCACAGUGAAAGAAGAGUGCCCAGGAGGACCACCAGUUCACGGAGCUAGUGAGGAGUAUCUGUUGCGUGUCAGUGUCUCGGAGGCAGUCAUUAACGCACAAACCGUAUGGGGAGCACUUCGCGCAAUGGAAACAUUGAGUCAUCUGGUUUUUUAUGAUCAGAAGUCUCAAGAGUAUCAAAUCCGCACAGCUGAAAUCUUUGACAAACCUCGUUUCCCGGUUCGUGGAAUUAUGAUCGACUCCAGCCGUCAUUUCUUAUCUCUAAACGUUAUCAAACGCCAAUUAGAGAUCAUGUCAAUGAACAAACUCAAUGUUCUCCAUUGGCAUCUUGUGGACAGUGAGUCCUUCCCGUACACCUCUCAGAAGUUUCCAGAGCUUCAUGGAGUGGGUGCCUAUUCUCCUCGUCACGUCUACUCUCGAGAGGAUAUUUCUGAAGUUAUUGCAUUUGCCAGACUUCGUGGUAUUCGUGUCAUCCCUGAAUUCGAUUUACCGGGACACACUUCAUCCUGGAAGGGUCGCAAAGGUUUUCUAACCGAAUGUUUUGAUGAGAAGGGAGAAGAAACAUUCUUGCCAAAUUUGGUGGAUCCAAUGAAUGAUGCCAAUUUUGACUUUCUUGCUGAGUUCCUGGAAGAGGUCACUGAAACAUUCCCUGAUCAGUUUUUGCAUCUCGGUGGUGAUGAGGUCUCAGAUUACAUUGUGGAGUGUUGGGUCCGGAAUAAAAAAAUUCGGAAGUUCAUGGAUGAGAAGGGAUUUGGAAAUAAUACUGUGCUCCUUGAAAAUUAUUUCUUCGAAAAACUAUUUUCUAUUGUGGAAAAACUCAAAUUGAAACGCAAACCAAUCUUCUGGCAAGAAGUGUUCGACAACAACAUUCCCGAUCCAAACUCGAUUAUCCAUAUUUGGAAGGGAAAUACACACGAGGAGAUUUAUGAGCAGGUGAAGAAUAUCACAUCGAAAAACUUUCCGGUGAUUGUGUCCGCAUGCUGGUACUUGAACUAUAUCAAGUACGGCGCCGAUUGGAGAGACGAGAUUCGUGGAACUGCUCCGUCCAACUCAAGAUACUACUACUGUGACCCAACCAGUUUCAAUGGAACUGAUACUCAGAAAAAUCUAGUGCUUGGAGGAAUAGCUGCGAUCUGGGGAGAGUUGGUGGAUAACACUAAUAUUGAAGCUAGAUUAUGGCCAAGAGCGUCAGCAGCGGCCGAAAGACUUUGGUCACCAGCCGAAAAGACACAAAAAGCCGAAAACGCGUGGCCCCGAAUGCACGAACUGCGUUGUAGAUUGGUCUCCAGAGGAUACCGUAUUCAGCCGAACAACAAUCCCGACUAUUGUCCAUUCGAGUUUGAUGAGCCUCCAGCGACCAAGUCGGAGCUUUAA